CAACUGUUGACUGUUCUGUCAAAGUCAAAAUAAUGUGAAAGAAAAGCAACCUCGUGUUUAUAUUUUAAUUCAAGAUUUAUUUCCUUUAAAUUUCUCAAUAAUUAUUUAUGUGAAUGGUUCAUAGUUUAACACGGCAUCGAUCAUCAUGGCACGAGUUAAAAUGGAGAAAAUGCUGGACAGCUUCAACACGCUCACGGAUAAACCGGUGAAAUACCUAACCGUUCAGAACGAUAUCAAGGAAGACAUUAAAAACUUGGUUAAAAGGUUGUACGACUUUACAAAAUCGCAGGAGCAGCGUAGUAAGGUGAAAACUGAUCAAGCUUUACAGAAAAUCAUCGUUAAAGACUUUGAGGAAGAACAAAUAUGGCAACAAAUUGAGUUGCAAAAUUCCCAACGCUGGGACCAGUUUGUAUGGGACGUAGCUAACUGCAUGUCGGAUACGAAAGAUCUAGAGUUUCCUAUUAAGUUUCCUGAAGAUAAUGAUGCAGCUGAGAUGGAAAUAGAUGAAAAAAAUGCCUUAGAUUUCGAUGCCGAGCUAUCUGAUGGUGAAAAUGUAUUACCUGAAAAAGUUAUUGUUAAAAAAAAGAAAAAUGAUAAAGUUAAUAAGAGUAUCAUGUCUAAGCCAAAAGGUAAGCCCUCUAUAGUUGACGAUCAGUUCUUUAAACUACAAGAUAUGGAGACAUUUUUGUUAAAAGAGGAAAAGUUAGAACGUAAGACUAAAAAUGUAGAAGAUGACGAUGAUGAGGAGUCAAUAGAUAUGUUUGAAAAUUUGGAUAGUGAUGGCACAGAGGAGGACGGAGGUAAGGAAAUGAUGUAUUCAGAUUUUUUUAAUGAAAAUGAAGAUGGUGUAAAUGAAAAUGGUGAUGGAGGAAGUGAAAAUGAUAAUGAAGGUAGUGUAAAUGACGAUGUAGGUAGUGAACAUGAUAACGAAAAUAUUGACAUGGAAGUAAAUAAAAGGAAAAAAGACAAAAGGGUCAGAUUCACUCAACCUGAGUCUGAUGACAGUCAAUCUGAUGACAAUAGUGACGUGGCUAGUAAAAAUGUUAAUGCUAAAUUAGAAAAGGAUGAAAAAAAGUCAGAAUUUGAGCUAAGGCAGCAACGGUUGAAGCAACAGAUAUCUAAACUAGAAGAGAAAACGUUAACUGAAGCCCCGUGGCAGUUAAAAGGAGAAAUAGAUGCUUCAAAACGCCCACAGAAUUCUCUACUCGAAGAAGUACUAGAUUUUGACUUAACAACACGACCCCCACCGAUAAUAACGGAACAAACAACAGUUACGUUAGAAGGAUUGAUCAUGCAACGAAUUAAAGACAAAGCAUGGGACGAUGUCGUUAAAAAAGAGAAACCGGUAGACAACCAGCUUAUGUUUAAGAAACCAGAAGUUCUCGACCAAUCAAAGAGUAAAUUAAGCUUAGCUCAAGUGUAUGAAAGCGAAUACUUAAAGCAAAAGCAAGCAGCGUCUGGACAAGUGGAGGACGAAAAGGAACCAGAAAUUCAUAUUGAGAUCCGUGAUGCAAUGUCUAAGUUAUUCUCCAAGUUAGAUGCGUUGUGCCACUACCAUUAUACUCCGAAACCACCGCAAGCCGAGGUUAAAAUAGUCGGCAAUACACCAGCUAUUUCUAUGGAGGAGGUCGCUCCAGUAGCUACGAGUGAUGCUGCAUUAUUAGCACCAGAAGAAGUUAAGAGGAAAAGAAAAGGUGAUCUGAUGAGCAAAGAAGAGAGGAGUCAGACAGACAAAAACAGAGAAAGGAGGAAAAAGAAGAAGUUGCAACGAAAAAAGGGCAACGUGGCCAAAGUCACGGAGCACAGGAACACCAGCAAAGGCACGGAGACGAAUGACAAGUCGUUGAAGACUUCCAAAGCAUUCUUCCAGCAGCUGAACGAUAAUACAACCAGUUUGAUUAAGAAGUCUAAGAAUAAAGGGCAAUAAAGGGUUUUUGAGAGUUUAA